CACCUGCAUGUUCUUCAUCUCAACUCAAAGGAGGCAACAGCGGCGUUUUAGUGCGUCUUUCGUCAGGAGACAUGUUAAAGAUCAUUUUGUCAGUAGUGGCGGAAUGGGGAUGGACACAGUGGAUGUUUCUCCACCUUUUGGUCGCAGGAACGUGCUCCCUGGUCACAGUCCACCAGCCUCCCGUGCUUACCACUGCUCUGGGUCAUGAUGUCGUAAUGCCGUGCCAGCUCAAUCUCUCCCACGAUGACAAAAUGGUGACCCCACCGGUUCUGUAUUGGGUGUACUUAUCAGAGGAUACUGAGAACGCCAGAGUGUGGACCCCCUCUGAGAAGUAUAAGGAACGUGUCCACCUUCUGGACAAUGAUCUAUAUUCCUCAAACAAGUCAAUAUCCCUCAAGAACGUCCAGUGGGCGGACAGCGGGAAGUACCUGUGCAAAGUCUCCGUCGCCACAAAGAGGGAUGAACGUUUCAGGAGAAAAGGAAACGAAACUUUACUGAUGGUUUAUGACACCAUGAUGUUUAACCUCAUCGGUCACAAUGCCUCUCUGCUCUCGUGUGAAGUAAACGUGACCCGGGACCCCGGAUUUGUUUUGUCCCUUUUGCACGACGGGCACAAACCUCAAAGCGUUGACUCUGCCGCAGGAGAUUAUGUCACAGCUCUGCCCUACGUCACGCUCACCCAGAACAUUUCUGUGUGGGGCGAAGGAAAAUAUGAGUGUCAGCUGCACCUGAACGAAGACUUGAUAACAAAAAGCACCUUCCACUACCGUCCGCCUGUGGCUGGAGAACCCAGAGAUGCUGAAAAAAAUGCUUCCUCUGUCUCUGAGCCAGGUGCAGUGGUGUUUCCAGAGCCGUGGCUCCUGUAUGUGGCUCUCCUCCUGGUGCCCAGCACCGUCCUGCUGGGCCUCGUGACCGCCCUGCUGAUGCGCCGAAGCUGAAGUCGUCAACAUCUGGCUGCAACACUGAGGCUUAAAAAGGCACGUCCAGGCCAUCAGCAGAGAAACAGGACUUGUCUCUCAUCUUCAAGACCAAAGUUCAUGACCAGGGACAAUCAGCUUCAGUCAGUUCAAGUUAAAGGAGGAGCAAACUCUGAAUGACAGUGAUAUUCACGAUGAAAGACUGCUCCUGCUCUGUCAAACAUUUACAUGGCUGCAUCUGUCCCAUGUCAGAGAUGUGUCUUUCUUUUUCCCACAUUUAGAAAACACAAGCAGCCCUCUGCAUCCCAAAAUCCGUUACGCACCAGUCAGUUGUUUCUGUCGCUUUCUGGCAUUUUCUGUUAACUCAGACACCUCCAUGAAAGGCCCCCGGUUCGAUCCCGGGUUUCAGCACCACGUGAAAAACUGCUGCACGGUGAUGGUGGUGGAGGUGGCUCAAAGAUCAUAUGAUGUGGGAUGCAUGUACCAACAAGGCUGUUCCAUUAAUACAUCCACAAUUCUGGCAUUUCUGUAAUCUGCAUGCUUUAUUAAACGAAGGAAUAUCAGCCCAGAUUUUAUGUUCUGCAAGCCAACGCUACCACCAUCACUGUCUUUUUUUCCCACUUGUCAUCAACUUGGGAAAUAGCACGUGACCACGUCAAGUGUUUUCCUUUAAAUGGUUCGUCAGUUACUGGUAAAAUAACUCAUGAACUGGGACGUGGCACGUGAUAGGUCAGGGUCAAAUCAUCAGCAGUCAUUCGAUAUUGCUGACACUGAAACAUGGUAGCUACAAUGUUUUGGUGAAAUGUCUUAUAGGCUUUAAAAUAAGCUCUAAGGAGCAUGGACAUACUGCCUGUGCAUUUAAGGUAGUAUUCCAAAUACUUAGAGGGAUUAUCUGCAUCAAACAUCUAAUAAAUCACAGCUACUAUAACAAUUUCUCCUCUUAUUCACGAUGCAAACUGUAUUUGACUGUUAAUACUGAACAGCGCUUAUAUACGCAUAUGAAAUGAUAUACGAAUAGUCUGUGUUAUUACUCUUAUUAUUCUUUGGUUGAAUAUAAAUGUUGUCAUUUUGAUACUA